AUGGGCCUACGGUAUGCUCACCAUUCUUUGUUUACCUUUCUUUCUUUCUUUCUUUCUUUCUUUCUUUCUUUCUUUCUUUCUUUCUUUCUUUCUGUCUGCCUUAAUGCGUUCAUUAUCUAUCUAUCUAUCUAUCUAUCUAUCUAUCUGUCUGCCCUUGUCCAUUUGCGUGAAAAUAUACUGAACUUUAAUAUCUAUCUAUCUAUCUAUCUAUCUAUCUAUCUAUCUAUCUAUCUAUCUCAUUCUGUUCAUUAUCUAUCUAUCCCAUUCUGUUCAUAUCUAUCUAUCUAUCUAUCUAUCUAUCUAUCUAUCUAUCCCAUUCUGUUUCUAUCUAUCUAUCUCAUUCUGUUUCUAUCUAUCUAUCUAUCCCAUUCUGUUCAUAUCUAUCUAUCUAUCUAUCUAUCUAUCUAUCUAUCUAUCUAUCUAUCUAUCUAUCUAUCUAUUCCAGUUUCAAGUUGCUGGAAAUAUAUACAAUUAUCCCACUCAUUCCUUAUUCAGUUUUUCUUCCCAAAUCAUCUGAUGCUUUCACACAUAUUUUGCGCCAAAGGUUUCAUAUAUUUUAGCUUAACUCUUAAUCGAAGAAGAAUAUCAUAUGCUGUACAUAAAUCAUUUUCUUUUUCCAAAUCACUCAUUUUCUUUUCAUAUUCUCUUUUGUCAGCAAAAGAAAAGAUAAUAAAAUAUGGGCAUGCAAAAUAA